AUGGAAGCUGCUCUCUCCUCCAAGGGAAUAGGAGAGGCAUCCGGCGGAGAAGCGAGAGCGGAUCCGAGUGGCAUGCCGGUGGUGCCGGUGGGGAGACCGCCCACAGCACCGGUGGGAGCAGGGCGUGAGGCCGAGGCAGAGGCCAUUCGACAAGGGCUGCAGACCAUAGCGAACGAGGACUUGGAGGAGUUGAGGGAGCUGGGGUCGGGCACAUAUGGCACGGUGGUGCAUGGCAAGUGGCGCGGUACAGACGUGGCGAUCAAGAGAAUCAAGGCGUCCGUGUUUGACGGGCGCACCUCCGAGCAGGAGCGCAUGUUGGCGGAUUUCUGGAGGGAGGCGUGCCUGCUAGCAGGGCUGCACCAUCCGAACGUGGUGGCGUUUUACGGUGUGGUGAAGGACGGCGCAGACAACAGCCUGGCUACGGUCACGGAGUUCAUGGUCAACGGCAGCCUCAAGAGCGUGCUGCAGCGCAAGGGCCGGUCCAUUGACCGGCGAAAGCGGGUGAUGAUAGCAAUGGACGCGGCGUUUGGCAUGGAGUAUCUGCACUCGCGCAACAUCGUGCACUUUGACCUCAAGUGCGAUAACCUCCUCGUCAACCUGCGCGACCCCGCGCGCCCCGUCUGCAAGGUGGGCGACCUGGGGCUGUCCAAGGUGAAGCACAAGACAAUGGUGUCAGCAGGCAUGCGCGGCACCCUGCCCUGGAUGGCGCCCGAGCUGCUGGACGGACACAAGAAUGUCACGGAUAAGGUGGACGUUUACUCAUUCGGAGUGGUGAUGUGGGAAAUGCUCACAGGAGAAGAGCCCUACGCAAGCAUGCACGCAGGCGCAAUCAUCACAGGCAUUCUCACCAACAGCUUGCGGCCUCCUGUGCCCUCCUGGUGUGACCCUGCCUGGAAGCAACUCAUGGAGAGAUGCUGGGCGGCAGACCCUGCAGACCGGCCCACGUUUUCAGAGAUUGUGGAGGCGUUGAGAGAGAUGGAGAGUAGUAUGGGCGGCGGGCCUGGGUCGGCAGGGCAGAGGGACCACAGCUCCCUGAUCCUCCUAGAUUUUACACUUCUUUCGCUGCACGUCGGAGCGCGGCGACCUUGUCUCGUCGUGUCGGCCAAGCGCCAAAGCGAGACCUUGCGAGAUCCGCCGUCAGAUCCGCCGCCAGAUCCGCCGUCGGAUCUGCGGUCGGAUCUACUGUCGGAUUCGGAUCUAUCAUUACGUCGAGCGCUAGUAAUGCUGGAUCCGUUGGAAAGCGCGGCGUCGGCAACCGCGCAGCUGUGCAUCUUCCCCUUCCGCGCAUGCCACAAGGCCGCCACAUCGGGCUUCGGCGGAACCACCGCCGGCAGCAGCAGCCCCACUACUGCGAGCGCGAAUGACGCCGGGCGAGAUGCGACGUCGCCCUUCCCUCCCGCCGCUGCUGCUCCCGAGUUUCUGGACAGUCCUUGGAACGGCAAGGACUCUUGUCGAGCUAAAGCUGCCGUGGUUGUUACUCCGGCGAUCAUUACAACAACUAUUACUGCUGAUGCCGCUACGGCUUCUACGGCGCAAGCUCUGGCGGAGACCUACAAGCUCUCGUUCGACCGCAACAAGCGCUACGCAGCAGGCGCUGGCGGCGCCGCGUCCCAUGCAGCGGUUCCCGCUGCGAUCCGCGCUCCCGUCGCUCCGGAAAUGUGCGCUGUGGUAGCGGCGGGCGCCGCAGUGGCGGCACAGUCUCCCCCCGGAGGAUCCGCGUUCUCCGCCGAUGCGCCUCCGUCCGCGCCGUUCGUCUUCCGCGCGGGUCAAGAUGGCUGUAAAGAUGGACAGGGGGAACAUGGCGGGAGAGACGAGAAGGGCGAAGGUAUUGAGUCGUUGAAGGAGAUGCUUAUAGCGAUGCUAAGGGAGCAGCAGCAGGGACAGCGGGAAGAUCUGACAAGCAGUCGAUAUUCGGGUGAGGCGGGUACGUUUGCGCUUGUGGGGAGCGAAGGAGAGUUGAGGAAAGGGGAGGUGCAGAUGUGCGGGGAGGGGGAUGGCGGAGACUGCGCGAGUGUGGAGCAGUUUUAUCGGCUGGGGGAGGAGGUGGGGCGGGGGCAUUUUGGCGUGGUGCGCGUGUGUUGGGACGCGGAGACGGGCGAGCAGUUUGCGUGCAAGUCCGUGCUUCUAUCGAAUGUCAAACGCCAGGAGGACGUGAACGAGCUGCGCGCGGAGAUCUGCAUGCUGCUGCGCCUGCGCGGGCACGAGCACAUCGUCUCGUUGCGCGAGGUCGUCGUCGACGCCGCGCGCGCCGCCGUGCACGUUAUAACGGAGCACUGCGAGGGCGGCGACCUGUUCGAGUUUAUAGCGCGGAAAAAGCGGCUGAGUGAACGCGAAGCCGCGCUGUUGCUGCGGCAGGUCGUGUACGCGGUACAGCACAUGCACACUAACGCGAUACUGCAUCGCGACCUUAAACCCGAGAAUAUCCUGCUGGUAAACCCCGCUCCAGCUUCCGCUUCCGCCUCCGCCUCCGCCUCCGCUUCCGCUUCCCUUCUCCCCACGGUCACUACUGGCGCCGGCGCAGACCCUUCCGCGCGGCCCCGUUCCAGCUGCUCCGCACGUGGAGAAAAUUCCGUGGAGGGGGAGGGGGAGGCGGGGGAGACGCGGCGGGUGAAAGUCGCUGACUUCGGGCUAUCUCUGGUGCUGCAGCGGGGGCAGCAGGUGCGCGGAUUGGCGGGAAGCCCAUUCUACAUGGCUCCGGAGAUCGUCAAGCACCAGACGUACGGGUUUGCCGUAGACGUGUGGAGUUUAGGCGUCGUUCUCUACACCGCGCUGGCCGGCGUUCUGCCGUUUUACGGGAAGGAUCACGCGACGAUCUUCGGCGCGAUCUGCCGCGCGCAGCCGGAUCUGACGCGGCACCCGUGGGGCGCGGCCCUGACACUGUUCCACCUCCCACCACUGCCUCCCUUCCCCCUGCUUCCCCUCCCACUGCUUCCCUUCCCCCUGCUUCCCCUCCCACUGCUUCCCCUCCCACUGCUUCCCCUCCCACUGCUUCCCCUCCCUCUGAACUUCCUCUCUCUGUGCACCCUCAUCCUAUCGCCUCCCCUCCCGCUGUUACUCCUCCUGCUUCCUCACCUCAUACCAUUUGCUCCCCACUCACAGCUUCCCCACUCACAGCUUCCCCACUCACAGCUUCCCCACUCACAGCUUCCCCACUCACAGCUUCCCUUUUAA